AUAUUGGGCCGAGGUGCCUCGAACUGAAUCUGACAAUUAGUCGCCGUCUUAUGCUCGUCGCCAAAAGUCGUUCUUUUUCCACACUCAAUUCGAAAACUCAAAACCUGCACAACGGCUCCAAUUUUAAACCAAUAUCUAACUAAAAUCGAACGAUCGCGAUCUAGUUCUGGAAUAAAACAAAUAUUAAUAAUCUAAAGAAAGUUACAAAAAGCAGUGAAAAGUUCUUAGUUAUUGGUCUUUAUAAGAUCAUGAUUCCUGUGUAUAUAUUUCAAAGUUCGAAACUAUUGCCUCAGCAUGAAACGUAGAAAAAGCAAAAACAAAUCCCCGACCGCUAAACCCAAACAUUCCAGAACUGGAGUCAUGUCAUGGGAUUGUUAUAUAAGAGUUCCAAACUCCUGAACAUAAUUCUGGAUUCCCUGGAAGAUCAAGAGGGUGGAGCUAUGUACAUAUCGUGCGAUGUCUCAAACGGCGGUCCUGUGGAACCAGAGACGGGCUAUGUGCCCAACAAUCCCCUGUUCGGUUUGGCGCUGGACAGCCCGCAGCAAGAGUGCGCCGCUUCCUGCGUUGGCUGUUUAUCCUGCCAGGGUAACACCGCCCUGCCAAUCUCCUCGCUCACCAGCAGCGACUUCGACUGCGGCGGCUGCUUUGAUCCCACGAUUGGAGUGGAGGUGGGAAUUGGCGGUGCCCAUAUCCAGAUCAGCACCACUCCGCCGGAAAACAGUAGCAGCGGACACAACGGAACAAGCGGUGGCGUUACAGGAGGCUCUGCCGGAAAUACCAGCUACUGGAGCACAGACGAAAUGGCCUCCACAUUUCCCGGCCUGCCGCCUUUGGACAUCGAUCCUCUGCCCAGCCUGUUCCCCUUCUCGCCCUGCGGCGCCUCCUACAACUUUUCCGCCGGCAAUCCCCACCAGCCCUCGCUCUCCUACACGGUGCAUCCCCACCAGAUGCUCAUCUCGCCCAGCGGAAACACCCACAAUCACAACCACAGCCAAAUGCAUACGCACCAGCACCAGCAUCAGCAACACCAGCAGCAUCUGCAGUCCCAAAGCCAGGCAUCGCACGGUGGCAACUCGCUCCUCCAAAGCAGCUCUAACAACAGCGUGAGCAAUAAUGGUUCCUCCGGAUCCACCGCCACCUGCUACUACGAAUCCAGUACAGGGGCACCGGCACCACCACCUCCUCCGCCACCAGGUCCUGCCAUGUAUCCCAGCAUGAGUGUGAACGUAAGCAUGAAUAUGACUAUGCACCAUGGCUACGGAGCAGCCGAUGGCAGCGGGACACUGCCGAUGCAGUGUUCCCAGGUGAACUGGACUCCGCCCGGCAACUCAACUUCUGCGGCAGCUGCGGCGGCGGUUAAUGUGUUAUAUCCGCCACUUCUAAGUCCGGGCCACUAUCCUGCCUCAGCUACCUACUCGUUUACGGCGGACUUUAGGGCUCCAGGUCCAGCGGCUCUAGGUUCCCUAGCUCCGCUGUCGGUGGCUGAAAAAGAGUCACCAUCGCCGCCAGCCAACUCUGCCUUGGGUGCCUAUUAUUCGACAGGCAAUCAAGGAUAUACGCCGCCCCACAAGAGCCCCACCAGUUACCAGGCCGCUGCUUUGGGUCUGAGUCUCUCCGGCUUUGAAGACGAGGAGGAUAGUAACGAGGAUCCAGACGCAGAUGAGGGCAGCAGUGGCGGUGAUAUGAAGCCCAAUUUGUGCCGACUCUGUGGAAAGACAUACGCCAGACCCAGUACGCUCAAGACGCACCUACGCACCCACUCCGGCGAGAGGCCCUACCGCUGUCCAGACUGCAACAAGAGCUUCUCCCAGGCCGCCAACCUUACGGCCCACGUACGCACACACACGGGGCAGAAGCCGUUCCGUUGCCCUAUCUGUGACCGGCGGUUCUCCCAGAGCUCCAGCGUCACCACGCACAUGCGCACCCACUCCGGCGAGCGACCCUACCGCUGCUCCUCCUGCAAGAAGUCCUUCUCCGACAGCAGCACCCUCACCAAGCACCUGCGCAUCCACAGCGGCGAAAAGCCCUACCAGUGCAAGCUCUGCCUGCUCAGAUUCUCUCAGUCGGGAAACUUGAAUCGGCACAUGCGCGUUCAUGGCAAUAACAACAAUGGCAGUGGCGGAAACGGAAGCAGCAAUGGUGGAUCCGGAACAGGGGGCGGAGUCGGUGGUGGUGGAAAUAGCCUUCUUACAUGACAAAAGCCACGCAGUGCAGGCGGUUUCCAGCACUACCACCCACCACACCCACACUCUCAUCCGCACCCACAUCCCCAUCAUUUGCACCAUCAUCACCACCACGCCCAUAUGGGAAACUACGACUACGGGAACUAUAGCAUCGGCGAUUACACUCCACCCGGAGCCACACAAAACUAUUCAGGGUAUUAUUUCUGCGCACUCAACAAGCCGCCCAAAUUCGAGCGCUUCUACUAGCACCUUGAACUAGAGGAAUAUAUAAAAACCAACUAAUAUCCUAAAUGAAUGAUUAUUUUCCUGGACCCAAUCCAGGAGCUUUCACAAUUUGAUUAUUAUUACCGUAAAUUUCAUGAAACGGAAAACUUAUCGUUAAAAAGACAAACAUUAGGGUUUCUAUAUCAACUAAAAACUCAAUUUAAAAAAAAAUGUUAACUUGAAUACUCAUUUCCACGCCCCAACCCCAAUGCAAUUGAAAAUGCUCAAAUGGAAAAUAUAUAGUG